AUGUCAUCAUUGAAAACUUCGGCUGCCAUUAUUGACAUACUUAGGCUGGAAUACAAAGAAACUCUUUUGCAGAUUAAAAGAGGAUUGACCAAAGAUCAGUUUAAAGAACUUCGUUUUUACUUCGACGUCCUUAUUCCUGAGGAAACUAUGGAAAUCCUGGAACUUUUUCGUGCAUUGGAAAAUGUCCAAAAGAUUUCAUGGGAAAACGUAGGUUUCCUUAAAAAAGGGUUGGAUGCAGUAUGGAGACUGGAUCUUGUCGAAAUCUUGACUGGAUUUGAAAAGAAAAGGGAUCUAACGAAGUUUAUUGCCAAAAUCGUCGAUAAUUCCUUAGCGAGCGAAGGCGGACGACCCUCGCUUAAGCCGGAAGAUAUUGAACGGUGUUGGAGCGCCGCAAAUGAGCUUUACUGUUGGAUGCAGAGACACCAGAUUAGUUGGGUGAGUUGUCAAAUAUAUCCAUCUUCAAAAAUCUAAGAUUUUAGAAACGUAUUUGGAUGAGUGUUUGAAUUGGGGGAGAGUUCUGGAUGCCACGUAUCCACGCAUUGUUUUGUUUGUGUGUGUGUGCCUUGUCUGUUUGUUUUGUUGUUUUUUUUCGCCUUUUUAUCACAGCCGUGAAAAUUUGCUUUCACAUGUUGAAGUUGGUCAAGUUAUUAUUUUUCUAAUUCUAUUGCUAUAUUAGUUUCUGCUUUGGUUACGUUGAAGCCAUCUGAAAUAUGAAAACUAGAAGGGGGCGUCAAUAGCACCAGAACACAAAUGACGUCAUGCCAGAAUGACUAAUUUGCAAUGUUUGUCUGCCUUUUGCCAUUUUUGUCAUUUCAAUGACAAAAGUCACACAAACAGGUCACUUUCAUGAUAAAAGACAAACAAAAGUGAGGAAUUUGCCUAUGUUAAAUUCAAUUUGUUUGUCUUAAGCUUCGUUCAAAAGGACACAUUGUGAGGCAGUGGCAUGCAAACGGAUUAAUGUGGGACAUGCAAUGCAUCGUGGGAAGGAUACAACCCAUAAGACUUUGGAGACCAUGUGCACGAGUGUGUGACUCCAACAAUGUUGGAAAGAGCUAUGAAAACGUAUCUAACAUUGUUGAGCUACGCUUCACCUAUUACGUAACAAAAAAAAUGUUGGGAGUUGUUUGCUCAAUAGUUUGAUCGGUUUUAAACUUUGCGCGAUAACAUGCAAUUUAACAGGGUGUGCAAACGGGCCCAACGUGUAAAUUCCAAAGAUUUUAAUUUGGGAGUUGUUGGCCAACAAUGUUGCGUCCGUUUGCAUGGGGCUUUAGUAACUGUGCGUGGCGAUGUUGGAAUAUGCCCCAUGCUGUGAUGUGAUUUUGUUUCAAAUAAAUAUUCCGAACGUGGAAAAAAUAGUUGCAACAUGCAUGAACAGCAGUACAUUCUUUUGUAGAAAUAGCGACACCUGCUUGUUAUCACAGAUGUUGGUGUUUGAAAUAUUUGGUUCUAAAGCUCUUUGUGCAUGACUUAAUUUAAUUGCCUAUUAAAAUCAGCAUAUUCAUAUUUCCUGCGCGGGGAAUUCGGCUCCUUCUGGCAGGCAAAAAGAGGUUCAGCGUCUGAACGGAAUGUAAUGGUGUCACUUCAGAAAACAGCCUACUUGUUACUUAGACUUUGCCUAAAUUUAAACAUUCAAAGCACGUUUACACAGGAGGAGAUUUUUCCGGUUUCAUAACUUUUUCGGGUUUAUUACAUUCAGGGAAGGCGUUUAUACUAAAAGCGUAUUUGGAUUCCCAACCGUUUACACACAUCGUUCCAUCCGGGGAGCUUUAGCCUGUUCCAGGAGUUCAGACAGUAGUGCGCGGGAGAAAAAUUGACUAGGGAAAAACGAGGGGAUGAUAGGGAAACACCGCGCUCUACUAUCUGAACGCCUGGAACAAGCUUCAGCAACGACGACGUCAGCCGCAGCGAGAACGUCAAAAAGCGGUAGGUUAAUAAACAAAACAAAAAAAUAUUUUGCACGUGCAGCGAGGCUUUUUGAUACAUUUAUUUGCCGUCCGUAAUUAAGCGACCCGACUGAACGGAACUUUCUUGGCUUUUCAAACUUGGGUGCGUUUCCUAAGAAUUCAUCUCCAGGGAGAUUCACCUACAAUUGCCAUUUUAAGAAAGUUGGUAAAAACGUGCAAAAGUUUGCUAAAACGCGAAUUUAUUUUAAUAGUGACGUUUUUGCUGCACCUCGUCGUCGUCGCUUCAUGAACGCGACAGUUCCUAUUUGGGUUACCGCAAACUCGUGUGACCGAAGGCGGAAAAGUUUCGGAAUCCGUUAGAGGGAAAACAUUGCGGAUCGGAUUCACUUUAGUUCUUGCAUUUGAAAUCUCCGGAAACUUAACCAAAACGGGACGUUUUUAUCCGGAUUCACACAUCUGCGUGCUUAAAAGAAAAAGAAAACGAAUCCGGGAUCAAAAUUUAAGAAUCCCGAAAAAGAACCUCCAGUCUAAACAUAACCUUAAAUAAAUGCACGAAUAAAUGCUGCACUUUCGCUUCGGGAAAUUCCCGACUUCAUCAGAUCCGGUCUCCAAAAGCAAGGUCAGAAGGGCGUGGUCCAGGAGAAAUAAACAAAGGAGUCUUUUUAAGACCGUCAUUUACAUCUUUUAAACUAAAACAGUCUUCAAUUAUCGAGGGAAAAAAUCCUAUAAAAUAAGUGGCAUGCAAAUUACGUCCAGUUUCUAUUUAAACUCCAGGUUUUAACUAACAAAUAUAUGCUUCCUCUGAGGCGCUGGAUAGGCAGGGCCAUUAUAUAUUUCGUUAUUGUUGUAUUUUUUAGGAAGAUUUCUGCGUUCAUUUAAAAGACCAGUACAAUUCAGUUAACCAUCAACACAGCUCAGAAGCCAGCAGCUUACUUGUCAAAUCGAAAAUAGCUGAGGUGGUGCAACAGCUCGAGGACAAUCUCCUUGGUCCCUGAGGAGGUUCAUCACCUAGGCGAAAAAAAAAAAAAUUUAAAAAAAUAAACAAGACCUACCUCUCUCAUGGAC